AUGGCAGCCUGCCUGUGCUGGGGCUGGCUGCUCUCGCUGAUCCCGGCCAUCCUGCUCAGCCUCUGCAGCCCAUCGCCAGCCCCCGAGCCAGUGACAUCCCAAGACGCUGCACUGCUGGCAGGGGUGUCCGAGGACAUCCUGUGUUUCUCCCGCUCCUUCGAGGACCUCACCUGCUUCUGGAACGAGGAGGAGGAGGCAACAAGUGGAAUGUGCCACUUCUACUACUGGUAUAGCAGGGAUAUGCCCACAGCAUGCGUGGUCUCCACAUGGCACCGAGGGGCUGGCGGGAAGCGGCACGUCUGCGUCUUCCCCAGCCAGGACGUGCGGCUCUUCACCCAGCUCCACCUCCGCGUCCUGGAUGCCACCACAAACCAGACAAAGUACUGGCGGGAGCUCAGCGUGGAUGCGGUGGGUCUCAUCGCCCCUCCAGUGAACAUCACGGCCCGCUGGGCUGGGGCUGCAGGGCAGCUCUGCGUGUCGUGGCAGCCACCGCUCGCCGACUACCCAAACUUCUUCCUCUACGAGGUGCAGUGCUGCCCUGCCAACUCCCCAGGGAUGCCCUGCAGCAACACAUGGAACACCAGUGGGGAGCACCCUGGGGACCCCUCCAUCCAGUCAACUGUCAGCACCCAAACACCCAGGGCCAGGGCAGCCACAGCCUUCCCAGGAGUGGGGCAGGGGCUGGUCCAGGCCAACACCUGGGUGGUGCUUCAGGACCUGCAGCCAGGGGUGAGGUACCACAUCCAGGUGCGCAGCAAGCCCGACGGCACCUCCAUGGAUGGCGUCUGGGGGCCCUGGUCGCAGUCAGUGGCUGCGGAGACACCUCGCUCCUCCGGAGACAUCGGGCUGUGCUGCAGCACCCCUGACCUGCAGAAUGUGCGCUGCGAGUGGACCUGGGACCCCGCAGAGCCCCGCAGUUCCCACCAGCUCUUCUACCGGCCACCUCCAAGCGGGGCUGGCACAAGGGAAGCUGCAUGGCAGCAGUGCAAGGAGGUGAGCAUGGGGCCACAGGGCACCCACAUCUGCACCUUCCAGCCCAGGGCUGGCAGUGCCAUCUCUGUCCUGGUGAACAUCACCGGGGCCCAGAUGCUGCCCACGCUCAGCUUCUUCAAGGAGCCCUUCUGGCUGCACCAGGCUGUGCUCACAGACGCCCCACAGCUCGUGCAGGCGACAGUGUCACAGGGCCGUCUGAGCCUGCAGUGGCUCCCACCCCUGGAGGUGCUGGCAGAGCAGCUGGACUACCAGGUCCGCUACGCCGUGGAGAACAGCCAUGACUGGAAG